AUGAAUAUCGUGCCUAGCGAAAUUGUAGAGGAGAAAUAUUUUGAACAGCGUCAAGUAAGAUAUAACACUGAACUACGCUUGCCAUACAUAUGGUGGCAAACAUAUGGAAGAACGGUUGCUGGUGACAAGAAGAGGCGUCAUGAUCGUGAUGAUGAACGACCAGCGGGAAUAUGUAUCGAUCAAAAUGAAAAUGAGGAUACUACCAUUUUUUAUGUUAUUGAUAACGGCGUCCGCAAAUAUGUCGAAGGCGAUCAGCAAGGAGAAAUCAUUUUAGAUAGUGCGCGACGUGAUGAAGAAAAUGAGCGUGGUCAGAGUCAGACUAAUUUUAGCUAUAUAACUAUGGAUCGAGAAGAUGGCGUAUUAUUUGUCAGUGAUACAGGCAAAAACCAAAUACAACUGCUCUCACUAAAAUCAAACAAUACUAAUACUAUUCCGCAAAGUAUACAGUUAGACUAUUGCCCAAUGGGUAUAUUUUUAAGUAAAGAAGGAGACUAUCUCUAUGUAUCUGAUUUUGAUGGUGGUCGUAUUCUUCGUUAUGACAGGGCCCAUAAAAAUGUUGCUGAAAAGGGAAAGGUUGUCGCGGGAGGCAAUGGGAAGGGCUCGAAUCUCAACCAACUUCAUGGACCCAUGCAAAUAUAUGUGGAUUACGAAGAAUCUAUUUAUAUUGCUGAUUCUCUUAAUCAUCGCAUAAUGAAAUGGGUAAAAAAUGGUUUAGAAGGUGAAGUGGUCGCGGGAGGUAAUGGAAGGGGAUACGACGAGAAUCAGUUAAACACUCCGAAUUCUGUUUUUGUCGAUCGCGAUGGUACCAUCUUUAUCACUGACACUCAAAACGACCGAAUAGUACGCUGGUCGAAGGGUGGAAAAAGUGGCAGUGUUAUUGAGGGUGCGGGAGUGUGGGGAAGUCAACCGAUUCAAGUUAGUUGUCCAACAGAUCUGGCUUUUGAUUCAAAUGGAAGUUUAUAUGUGAGCGAAGGUGACCAUUCUCGUGUGCAAAUGUUUUAUGCUGACUAA